GUCUCUAGCGCCGCCUUCACUCACUCCACUGCGGCUCACUCGGCGCUCUCGACCGCUGCGCUGCCGCCGGAGCAACGCCAUGGAUUUACUCCAGCUCUAAAUGCGUGGGAAAUACGCUUUUCUUCAGUUUUAAGGUAUGAGCCAAAGUCUCCAUCAUUAGGCAUGAUUUCGGCAGCACCAUGCAGCAUGGCGACUGUAAGCCCCCUCGCUCCCUCUCCCAUCAGCGGAGCAGUGGUGGCCAACGGGAGCCCCGCGGCCCAGUCUGCACACUCGGGAUUCGCCGCCGCUCUCCGCAAGCUCGCCAAACAGGCCGAAGAGCCACGAGGUGACGUGAGUCUUGAGUCGUCUUAUGUUUCCUCUCCGGUGACCAAUCACAUUUCUCCUGUGAGUACACCUAAGCGGGUUGCCAUGGGUAUGAGCCUGGGCCCGCCCACGGGCUCCCCUCCUGUGGUCACCAUCGCCCCGACUAAAACCGUCAAUGGCUUCUGGAGGUCUGAGGGGCGCCAGGCUGAUGCAAGAUUAAGAGGGUCCGGUCAGGAGCGUUCGGCCCCCGAUCGGCCUUUACCAGGCCAGGAGAAGCCCUCCCUCUCUCUCCCAUCGUACCUGGGUUCAGCUCAUCCCUUCAGCGUGGCCCCGAGUGCUCUGGUGCAGGACCCACGUCUGCAGACCCACUUAUCCCGGCAGGUUCCUCAUAUGCUGCUCUCAGGAGCUCAGGACGAGUUUGUUCGUGAUGGCUUUCGCCCGUACACCUCCGCUGAUGAGCUGCGUGUGCCUUUAGGGCUCCCUCUAGGGCUCAGCCCAGGAACUGCAGCCGACGCUCUGGCAUACUUUCACUCAGGAUAUUUGCCUCACCCCUCGCUCGCUUCAUACAGGAUGGAGGACUAUUACAGUCUGUCUGCCCUGCGCUCGCAUUACUACCCGCAUCCAGAGGGGGCAACCCUGCCGGCCCUCCACCCGUCUGCUGUGCACCUGCCCAUGCCCGGUGUCUUUUACCCUCCUGACAUCACACACCAGUCGCUGUCAGCCCUGCACUCCGAGAGGCUGCAGAUGGAAGAGGAGCUUCGCCAGCAGCAGAGGGAGCGAAUGCGUGAAAUCGAACGAGAGCGGCAGUGGGAGCAGGAGGUGCAGAGAGAGAAAGACCGAGAGCGAGAGAAGCAACGAGAGCUGGAGAUGACAAAAGAGCGAGGCAGAGACAUCCAGGCGGUCAAGGCCGUGGAGAAACGCCACCUGAGCCACGAGCCGCCGGCCAACACACACUCGAUCUCUCAGCCUCAUCCGUACACACACCGGCAGCCCGCGAAGGAGCGAGGCAAGCUGGAGGAGAGACUCGCUGCUAACAGAGCCGACAAAACCAAAGAAACACCGCUGUUCACGCCUCAGUCCGGUCCAUACUCAUCCUCAGGAGGUCCUUCAUCCAUCUCAACCUCAGGCCCCGGCCUCUCUUCAAGCGUGCACUUUGGGAAGAGCAAGCGGCCCACGGUGUCUCCCAUGAUGCUCCAGCGGCAGGAGGAGGACAGAUGGCUCGGCAGACAGAGAGUGCUGAAGGUGGAGAGAGCGGACAGACACGGCCAGGAGUUUCAGCAGCAGGAACCAGCAGAUCAGAGAGAGAUUCACAGGUUUGGCGCGGGUGUCAGAGACAUACCUCCACCUCUGGGAGCUCCGCCGCCUCUCAUCACCCCCAAACCUCUUCCUCGGGACCAGCACCCCUCUCCUCCUGCACCCAGCAGCCUGUGGAACCCCGUCUCCUUCCUCCGCUCGCCCUCCGACCGCCCUCUGUCCCACAUCCACCCUUACUCAGGCCACAGCAGACCAAAGCCUCCAGAGGAGGACGUCAGGCGGGUCAGCGGCCUGAGCCAGCAGAGGCCCGCCUUCUCCCAGUCAGACAGCAGGCCACCCCAGGGGCCGGUUCUGGACAGGACAGACCCCAGGAUGGUGUACGACCAGGCUCUACAGCAGCACAGGAGACUCGUCAGCAAGCUUGACCUGGAGGAGAAGAAACGCAGGGAAGCCAGAGAGAAAGGUUAUUACUAUGAAUUAGACGACUCUUAUGAUGAGAGCGAUGAGGAGGAAGUUCGAGCUCAUCUGAGAAGAGUCACUCAGCAGCCUCCUCUCAAACUGGACGCGUCUACAGAGAAGACAGAGUUUCUGUGUUUGUUUGGACUGACGACGCUCUCUAAGCGCGAUGAGCUGCUGGAGAUGAAGAAGAGGAAGAGGAGGAUGAUGCUGCAGGAGCGAGUCCCUUCACCCUCAGUGGUGCCGAAUAAACGCAAGACUCCGUCUCCUCCUCAUCCUCCGCUCAGCACAUGCUUCACCCCGGAGGAGAUGGACCGCACGGAGGAACUGGACGACAAGAAACACUUCCUCAGCAUCUUCAGCCUCAGCCAUGUCAGUCAGGAAGAAAGACAAGAGAAUAAGAAGAUCGUGGACUUGCUGGAAGCCAUCAAACAAAAGACUGUUACUCUGGACACCCUCAGAAACGCCACAGAUACGCCCUGUUCCAGCCCGGCCGCUUCAGUGUCUGCUGUCCCGCAUCUCAAUCAGUCAGUCAGUAAUGUUCACCCUGAACCCCAAAAUCACUCGCACGAAAACCAUCACCCGCCUCUAGACCCGCCGCCACUGGCUCCUCUCCACGCUCAAGGCCAACCCAACCUGACGUCCCCGAGCAGACGAGGCCGGAGCCUGCAGGCCAGCGCUCUGCAGCCCCUCGCCCGACCCAAAGACCCGCCUCCGAAACUCCCCAUCUGGGAGCGAAUAAACUCUGAGGAGUUCGCACAGCACUUCCACCAGUCCGUGCUGCAGUCCACUCAAAUAUCCCAGCAGACACAGAAAGGUGGAGCGAGUGAGCAAUUUGAGCCUCCUGCGCUUCCCCCUCCAGGCCUCCAGAGGGCGGUAAACAGACUCCCGAAUGGACAGAGCAAUGGCCACUCCUGCCAUAUAUCAGCCCAACGCGAGUCUCCGGGCGUGAGGAAUGACUUCUCAGCCGAGGAGGGCGUCAGUUCGGAUGAAGACGAGGAAGAGGAGUCGUUCGGUCCCAGGUGGAGAGGGAUUGAAUCGAUAUUUGAGGCGUACGAGGAGUACAUGGAGGAGAAAAGUAUCGAGCAGCAGGUUCUCCAGAGCGAGUGUAUACGUCUGGAGACGCAGCAUUACAAUCUCACUCUCACAGCCGAACAGCUUUCUCAUAGCAUGAGGGACCUAUUGGCACAGAAGCACAACCUGGCACUGAAGAGAGAUCGUAUGCAGGCUGAACUGGAGCACAUCAAGGAAUGUUUGACAUUGCCAUUAUUACACUGGCACAGAGGACACUACAAGAGACCCUCACCGAGGUGACCUGAAGAUGGACGACAGCACGAGCCACAGAGAUCAACGCGGCCUCACAUCUACUGAACGUGUGAUGAUUUCAGCUUUGGCAUGAGGAAAAUACACAAGCUAUCAGUCAUUAUCUAGUGCAAUAUCUGACGCCUCACUGUGACCCACUGCUCUGCAAGUCCAACCACUAGAUACAACAAAAUAGGCAUUCAACAGCCAUCGAAAUAUCCAUUACUUGACGUACAGACUAAAUCUGACAGGACGUGUGCCAAGAGGUGCAGAAACCCAAGCCAGAGCUGGAUAUGAUCUCUCAUAUAUUUGGUGCAAAACUCUUCUACUGGAUGAUGAGCUGAUGUGGAAUUGAGUUUAAAUGUUUUCAUAUUUAUACAGUUUUUAAAGGAAUAUGAUUGUGUCAGAUACUGUCAAAUCACAUUUUUGUAUGUUUUUAUUCUUAAUGAUUCAUUAUAAAAAGGGACUGUAAUUUGAAAUAUAAAUAUUUUAAUGCUUUUUGCAGGGGAAAAAAUGUGUCGAUGAGGUACUGCUGGUCAGAAAUGUUGGUGAAGGAAAAAAUUAAGUGGGUUGAAUUGAGUUUUCAUUUCAAAAUCUCUUCAAAGGCUUUAGUUUAUUAAUUGUAGUUGUCAGAAAGUCGUGAAAGUGUUUGUCUAGGACAGUGUUUCUAUAUGUUUUGUUAUUCUCUCUUCGUCUCCCACCAAACCAAAAUUUCAAUGCCAUAUAUAUUAUCCACCAGUACAUGGCUAUUUGAAAAUAGACACUAAAAUAAACCGAUCCAGUGUGGGAAUCACUUUAUAAUAACUUUUAUUAAUGACAAAUGGCAUAUAAUAGUUAACAGACCAGCAGUUCAAUACCCAAUGUAGGAAGUGCAAUAUUGAAAUAAUGGCAAUUAUGAAAUAACAAUACAAUAAUCAACUGCAUAUUAUGUUUAAUUUAUAAGCUGAAUUGAUUUCUGAAUCACUUUACUUCUAAGAUGAUUAUGAAAUGCCACUAAUGGGCCUUAUGAAUUAACAUUCUGUUAAACAUUAUAUGCUUAUUUAAUACUGUCUGUUAUGGACUUAUUAUAGUCAUGAAAGUAAUUAUAAAGGAUUACCCAAAUGUUUUUAUGUAUAACUUGGCCAAUGUGAUUGAAUUUUCAGCCUAGCUGUCAUGAGAAGAGUCAUUUUAUAUAGAAAUUAGUGCCACACUGUUUUGUACAGCAGCAGCAA